UUUCAAACACCCCACAAAGUAAUGUCAGAUAAGCAUGGCGAGGAGGACAAGAAAGCAAAAAUGCAUUUAAAAGCUAAUGAUUUAUUAUGUGUCAAUGGAUGCGGAUUCUACGGGACCCCACAGUGGGAGAAUCGUUGCUCAAAAUGUUGGAGAGCUCAUCAGAAUGAGAUGAAAAAAUGUCAGGAUUUUGCGAAGAAUAGAUCUCUUCUAAGUUUCGAUCAAUUCCAAGAGCGGCGUAAAUCGACAACAGAAAGCAAGUCACGUGGCAUCAAAAAUCUGUUUAAAACGUCUCCGAUUCCAGAAGGCGGAACCAGUUCACCAACUUCCACGUCACCGGCGAGCACACCAACUCGACGUCGAGAACUCUCCCCGGAUUCUCUGGAAGCCCGUCAACAAUUCACCGAUUUUCUCGUAGCGAAUCUCUCAACAGGAAUGGCUCAAGAAAUUGCUCGUUCAGUGAAAAACGCGGUGAAUAAGAUCUCAGAAAUGAGAAUGAGCUCAGAUGAUAUGUCAGAACUUGUAAUGAGUUAUUAUCAAUAUCUUGGAGAACGAAUCGGUGGACAUUCGUUAUUUGAUUCACCGGAUUGUAAAGUUAAAGUGGAAGAUGUGAUGGACCAAGUGGAAAAGUAUAUAUCAACAUUUUGUUAUUCAAUAUUCUUUUGUGCAAAUCAUGAAGAAGAAGUAGCUGAUAUGUCGUUGCAAGACCGUAUUCGAUCACUUCACUGGGUUACUGCUGGAUUUCUGGAAACUAAGAUGGUUUUUAAGAAACAAACGGUUCGAGAUAAAAUUGAUGAAGCUAUUUCGGAACUUAUUGAGAUUAAUGCAAAACGAUCUGCAUUUGAGAAGCUUGAUUGUUUGACGAAAUCUUGUAAGGCGAUUUUUGAGGCGCUUAAGGAGAGUGAAGCUUCAACAUCGGCUGACGAAUUCCUGCCAACACUAAUAUACGUUUUAUUCCGUGGAAAUCCGCCGUUAAUUCAAUCAAAUGUCAAAUUUAUAUCAAGAUUUGCAAUUCCAGCGAGGCUUAUGAGUGGAGAAGCUGCCUAUUUCUUCACGAAUCUCUCCUGUGCCCUCGAAUUUGCCAGAAACAUGAAUCACGAGAGUCUUCAAAUGGAAAAAUCUGAAUUCGAAGCCUACACAUCUGGACAUUUGGCUCCACCACUCUCAGUUAUCAAUUCAGCAUGUAAUCAGGCAAUUUAUGUACUUGAAGGAACUAUUGAGACUAUAACAAAUGUUGCAAAAAAGGCGGGAAGUCUCGCGAAAAACUUGACGAAUAUGCAUGGAAAAUCUGAUGAUGAUCUCGAAAAAAUGCUCGCGGUGAUCAAGGAGACUGUCGAUUUCUACCCGACUGAUGAAUAUAUGAACAUGAAACAAUCUAUUUUCGCCGAAGAAAAAGAAACUGCCGAUAUUCUCGUAUCACUGUCCCGUCAAUCAUCUGAAUCUGGUCGUGGAACUCUUACAGACACUCAACCAUCAACUCCACAACCUGAUACAUCUCUAGAAUCUCCCCUAAUUGCAGAGAUUCAAGCAAUUAAUCUGACUUCUUCUGGAAAUCAAGAGCAUGUAGAAGAAGCUUAGACUCUUAAAAAGAGGCCUAAAAGCCCAAAAAAAAGACUGUAAAUAUCUGUAAUUUUCCAAUUUUCUGACUUCCCAACACCUCAUCCCCCCAAAAAAUUCCCGGUGAUAACUGUUGUGCCAAAAGAAAAGCUUAGGUUUCUGAAUUUCCUGUGGCCGCCUGACCGAGAAAAAACUCGGCCACGUGGCAAGCCCCCCGAAACGGGUUUUUCUUAGCUCCCAAUUGAUUCAUGCUUAUAGUACCAACCCCACAGCUUUUAAUCUUGAUUUUAUUCUUAAUUUUGAACUUAUUUUUGCAAUUUUCUAUAGGUGGUUCUUUUUUUUUAGAAUUUUUGGUGGAGUAUUGAAAAAAUCGGAUUUUGCCAAUUAAAAAAAAAAAUUUCCAAAAUUUUUUGUAUUUGUGAAUUUAGAGUAGCGGAUUUUUUAAUUCGAAAAAAAAUUAAUUUUUAAAAAUUUUCUAGAAAAAAAUCGCCAAAUUUUUCCAAAAAUUCCAAGUGAAAACUAUAUUUUGAUAGUUUUUUGGGGAAAAAAAUUAUCAAAAAAUUUUAAAUCUCAUUUUGAAAAAUGUUGGAAAAAAACCUGGAAAAUGCAAAAAAUUUCCAGAUUUUUCAAAAUUUUAGUUUGGAAGUUUUUUAAUUUUUCUAUAUUUCUUUUUCUCCAGAAAUCUAUUUUUGGAUGAAAAAUAUUUUCCAAAAUAACCUUUAUCAUAUACGAACGGAAUUUUUGAAAAAAAACCGAUUUUUUUUGAAAAUGUAAAUUAAAAAAUGCUUUAAAAAAAUCUCCAUUAAAAUUCCCAAAUCUAGAACAUUUUGGAAGUUCCGAAAGGCUUUUUCUCAAAAAAACUUCUCAUAUUAAAUUAAUUUUUUUACGUGAUCCAAUUUCAAAUUUCCUCCAAAAUUUACCAAAAAAAUCCCAAAUUUCUCAAACUCCGUGAACUUUUUCAACCUUAGCCCCGUCCUCAUUUUUUAUCUCCCCCACCGUUCUCCCAACUCAUGUACUUUUAAAUUUCCGUGCAUUCCCAAUUGAUAUAUUCUUCUCCUCGUGUGUGUGUUUGUAUAUUCUCCAUUUCCAACACUCUUUCCCAAUGCUACUCGAAUUGGCUUUACUUGGACUUGUCGCCUACCUGCUGCUCACCUGGCAUCGUAAAGAAGUCGAGAAGGUGAGAAAUGUAAUUUGGAGCCAAUAUUUCAGAAAAUUUAGAGAAUUUUGGAGCAAAAUUUUGAAAAAAAUCAGAAAUUUAGAGCUAAAUUAAUCUUGUGAAUUUCUCAAGGCAUGUCGAUUUACGAAGGAUUUUGUAUUACACGUGGAAAAUUAAUUUUUUUAGAUGAGUGUAAUAAUAGAUUUCGGCCGAAAUUCUUGUUUUUUGACGGAUUUUUUUUGUAUUUAUCAUCAAAAUGUGCAAUUUAAUUUUUUUUUUCCAGAUCUACAGAAAACGAGAAUUUGCAAUAAAAACCAAUAAUUGUUUUUUUUUCAAAUUUAACGGCAAAAGUUGUUAAAAUAUUCAAAAACAUCAAAUUCUCGUUGUCUGUAAAUUUAAAAAAUGAGAAAAAAAAUGUAUAACUUGUUAUUUUUUGAUGAUAUUUUUGAGAAAAAAUCCGUUGAAAAUACAAGAAUAAACCAAAAAUAUAAUUUCAGACUUUUCCACGUGGAGUACAAAAUCCCUCGUAAAUCUACAAAACCGCGCUCCGUCUCUAUUUUUUAUGCGCCGCCUGUUUUCACAGUAAAAUUUGCAAUUUCUCUUAUUUCCAGGGUGGCGAAGGACUCGGCGCGGCUGGUCCAAUUCUCGAAGAAAUGGAGGCACUUGUGCUCAAAAUUGCGAGCAUCUUCAAGAAACAGGCGGCCGGAAAUACCGUAUCCGCAUCGAAAAGAGGAUCGACACAGAGUCCAGUCAUCCGAACAGCUGAAGCAUCGACUCAGAGAGCAUCGCCGGCGAUUGCACAAGUUGAAAAGUUUGAAAGUGUUCGUCAACCGAGAGAACCGAGAAGCCGAUCGAAACAUCAUGCAAAGCAUCGUUCGAAGAUGGAUAGUGCUUUGAAGGCUGCUUCACAGAAUUAAAUUUCUUUGAUGAAAUGUGUAUGAAAUGAAUUAUUUGUCGCUUGA